GGACUCGCACAGAUGUAGUCAUGCACCCUGUACUGUAGGAGGGAGUGACUGGCGCAUGCGCACCAAGCCUCCUGCUCCUGCCAGCGUUAAGUGACUGCUGAAAAACAAAGGCACCGGGCUCAGACUGAAAAAAUGUCAUCAGUCAUCCUUAAUGGAAGAAACAGACAUCAAACGAUCAAUAGUGCUUUUCACUGAAAGGUGAAAUGAGAACUGCGGUCGUUUUAUUUAUUUUUUAUUUUUUUAGCGGCUGAGUGUGAACAGGACCGUUGAUCUCGAAACUGUAAGUAGGUAAAUCGGCUUCUAAGAAUCCACAGGUCCCUCCUCUUUGCAUUCUUUCUCCUGAGAAGAGAAGAAAAAGACAUACAGAAAGAAAAAAAAUCUGUCUGGAUGGAUCCAGACGGAAUGACAGGAGUUGUGGGCGAGGAAACUGUUGCAUCACUGGUGUAGUUGUCGCUUAUCGCGGACUUGUGUAUUCCUGCAGAUGCAGGGGGAUGCUGAAAUUAGUUUUUUUUCUAGACGUUUCGGAAGAAUUAAGUUAAUAUAAAAGAAUCUAACAACAUCAGCCGCAUUCCAACGAUCCCUUUAAGCUUUUGGCGACUUUUUGGGGACAGACAGACAGAUAUAUUGGUUUGGAUUUCCAGUCGAAAAGGAGGAAAGUUACCUUUGCUCUUAUCAGCCGAGGAGAGGCGCUGUCCGGGUCCUGAAGUCAUUUCAACAACUGUCUCAUCCGAAGACAACUUGGAGAAAAUCCUAAGUCAAAGAAACCCUGUUCAUCAGCAGCUCCCGAAAGAGCUGAAUAUGAUAACUCUGUGCAGAGUUCAUCUGGAAACUUUGCUAUUUUUGGUAUUCAUUGUCCAACUGAGCGGGCCAGUAUGUGUCGAUGUGCCGUCAGCAACGGAAGCCGUCCUGGGGAAGUCCAUGAAGUUGACUUGCAUUUCUUGUAUGAAGAGGGAGGAGGUCAAAGCAAAGACACGUGUGAUUUGGUACUACAUGGCAGCAGCAACGGAAAGCAAAACUGAAAUAUACAAAUAUGAAAAUUCCACUCCAGUGGAUCUAGAUGGGCCAUUUAAGGGCCGUCUUGCCUGGAAUGGGAGUCAAGAUUUGCAAGAUAUGUCCAUUGUGAUUCUUAAUGUUACCUUUAAUGACAGUGGUCUCUAUGAGUGCCAUGUUCGUCGGGAAUUUGAGUUUGGCUUCUUCACCCCAUCGUUCACUAUUAUGAAGAACAUCUCACUGCAUGUGAAUGAGAAAGCCUCUAAGGACCCCACAGCAAUCUACUCUGAGAUCAUGAUGUAUGUGCUGCUGGUGUUCUUGACCUUCUGGCUACUGGUGGAAAUGGUGUACUGCUACAGGAAGAUCUCCAAGUCUGAUGAACAGGCACAAGACACAGCGACAAACUACCUAGCAAUUCCCUCUGAACAGAAAGACAAUCCAGCUGCUCCUGUUACCGAAUAAAAGUGGUUUUCAGGGUACUGACCAGUCACAACGGGACAUUAUUUCAGCAUGGGGCAAAGAAGACACCAUCUCAUCUUUGCCACUGUGAAGGCAUCAUUGCUCUCAGACUGCCAUGUGAAUCCUGCCCUGACCUCCCCCGUGUACAGACUGUGUUUGUGAACAACCUCAGUCCCUAAACUCCUUUUCCUGCCUUCAUUCACCUUUGUGCCAGUCAAAUCAAGUGCUUUCAGAAAUACAGUAGCUUACAGAGCAAAAAUGCUGGUGUCCUGCACUUAUUAUUUUUCAGAUUGAUAUAAUAAAGUUAUAUUUGGACUUGCAGUUGUGUAGGCUUAUGGACAUUUUUCCUAAUAGUUAGCAUUGCCUCUGUGUUUUCUAUUAUCUAUAUGAACUUAUACUCUACUGUUCAUUCAACUUGUAUACUCCUGUCCUAAGUACUAGUACUUGAUUAGUAUGAUUUUUAUUUUAUUAUCUUUUUACAGAUGACAUUGUGAUUUUUGGUCACAGUUUUGUGUGCAUUUGCUAAAAGUCUUUUUUAAGAAACUGGUUUGGAAAGCUUUUAUACCGUAUGGAUGUGCAUUUAUCUCUUGCAUUUUGUAUUCCUGUAUGCAUAGACAAAUUCAUAAAUGUCAUGGAAAGAUAUAAAUUACAUUCUGUCAAAUGAUCCUAUUUCUAUUAAUCUGAAUUCAUCUGCAGUUCUUUCCUUUACUCUCCUCUGUGUAAAUGUUUAAUCCAUGCUCAGCUCUGAUGUCAAAGUGCAUAAAGUGGGUCAAGUCUGCACUCAAUUUAUCCAAAAUGUAUUCUUGAAGCUUUGACUGUUGCUGACAUUCUACAGUAUCAAUGCUAUUGAAACUAAAUGUGUGCCUCGUUCUAUAGUGCAACACUGCAGAAAUGUUUUCAUUUAGAUUAAAUCAUAUCAUACUAUUCCUACUCUGUUACAAAUAUAUUACCUCGUGUGUGAGUGAGCUGCACUUGAACAAUUAAACAUGA